CGACGCAUUCGUGGUUGCUCCCGCACAUUGGCGUCGAAAGUCGACGUCGAAACGACGCGACUCUCUCUCGAAUUCCAUCCCCUUUUCUCGUCCUUAGUUUUAUUCCUAUUUUUUUUUCGCGCCAACUUCGCUGCAAAUGUUUACGUUUCCGGGUCGCUCGUUCCGGUCCUGUUAAUUAUGUGUAUUAAGAUUAAAAAGAGGAAAAAAUGUUGCAUACUAUGCUGGACCUAAAAUAUUUUACCAUUUUCGCUUUAUUUAUGCAAAAUACUUUAGCUUAUAUAGAAUAUGUAGAAAUAACCAAAUGCGAGAGCUGCACGAUGAUGUUAACGUGUAGGCACUUGAAUUCUGUGAUAGCAGUUUUUAACGCUUCUUUCCAUGCUCAAGAUCAAAACUCCACUUAUUACCAGGACUUCGACAGUCUGCUUCCUCCCGUUCAUCCUAGACUCGCACUGAAUAGAAGGUGUUCGGGCGUGAACCACUGCAGCUUCAUCCUGAUAAAGGAUUGCCCGGGAGCGGAUCGUUGGGGUCCCGGAAAUUUCACCAUAAAAUACGCUUGCGUUGCAGAUAGAAGGAUUUCGAAAUACUGCAACCACAAUAUAUCGUUACCAUCGCCGGAGGUCUUCGGGGUGUCCGAGGGAUUUAUCCGAAAUCCCGGCUAUCCCAAGUUCUAUCUGGGCGGAGACGACUGCAGAUGGAGGAUCAGCGCGCCUCCAAUGCAGAAGAUAAAGCUGACAAUAUUAGAUUUAUCGCUAAUAGGGACGUCGAACAGCCCGGAAAGUUGUCUGGAUGUGUUCGAGGUGAAGGAGUACGAGAAUAAGAUUUUCGUGUCCUGCUUGGAGCAGGAACCUCCUGCAGUUAUCGUUUCUGUUGGAGACGUGCUGGAGAUCAAUCUGAGAGCGACGGAGAAUCUCAUAGCCAAGAGGGGCGUUCUAUUCCAUUACACUGCUAUAGGAUGUCCUACGCCCAAUUCCCCGGCUGACGGAUAUCUAGUGCAUAGGAAUGACACGGAUGUCCUCUUCACGUGCUGCGUCGGAUUCGCAUUUCCCGAUUCAUUGCAAAGAGAAAAACGACUCAAAUGCCUCGGACACUCAUGGAAUUACCAACUGCCACUGCCAAACUGUAUAAAUCAAACCAAGGACCUAUUCUCCAGAGAAACCAAACAACCUUCGACAGGCAAGAUGACCGAAGAAAGCCUUUCCGAUGUCGUGGUCCCCUCCAUAAUCAUCCUAGCACUGUUUGUUAUAAAUUCUAUUAUAGUAUUUGUUAUUUACAAAUACAAGAAGAGGAAAACGGCGUUGUACACUGAAGAGGAACUCGGCACGAUUUCGGUGGAGCGCACGUGCGAUCUGCCUUGAUCCUCGAACGUAGUUGAAUUGAACUGCUGCAGAUGCCAUUUCGCUCCUAUUAUAUAAGCAACGGUCUAUACUAUUUGAAUAAUUUAUAAGAUUACAUCGUAUUCCAAAAAAAAAAAAAUUAACGAGAGAAAUGUCGGUCAA